AAAAAAGACAGUCCGAGCAUGGCGUGGGACUUGGCGAUCCGAAUCGCCGUGGGGGUGUCCGUGAGUGUCCUGGCGGCAUAUCGCGGCCUCAAGAGGCGCUCUCUGAGCCGUGGCGGAGCAUUCUCCGCCGUCAUCGUGGGCACCGCGUCCAUGGCGUGUGGCUAUCGCUUUGGCCUCCUCCUCCUCGCUUUCUACUUUUCCAGCACCAAGUUGACCCAUUACAAGGAAGAGCGCAAAGCGACACUGGACGCGAGCGUAAAAGCUGGAGGUCAACGCUCGUCCAUCCAAGUUCUCGCCGUGAGUCUCAUCGCGACCUUCCUUGCGGGGGUGUACCUUGUCUAUGUCGGCGACGACCGGCCACUGGACUCGGUGGCGUCUCCACUGGCCACGAUGUUGUGGGGCGCGUACAUUGCGCAUUAUGCAUGCUGCGCCGCGGACACAUGGGCCUCGGAACUCGGUGUGUUGAGCGCGUCGUCGCCCAUCUUAAUCACACGAUGCCGCACCGUGCCGCCCGGAACCAACGGCGGCAUUUCCUGGCUCGGGACGUUUGCAGCCGCGGCCGGCGGCACCUUCAUCGGAGCCCUCUUCUACCUGUACCAUGUCCUCGUCUUCGUUGUGUCCUCGUCGUCGGAGGCAUCGUUCCCGCCGCAGUGGCCCGUAGUGCUAUUUGGCCUAGCCAGCGGCCUGAUCGGGUGCAUGCUGGACUCAAUCCUAGGUGCCACCCUCCAAAGCACGUACUACUGCACGCGCACAAACCGCAUCGUCCCGUGGCCCCUUAUUCCAACCUUCGACGUGAUCCACAUCAGCGGCUACGACAUCCUGUCCAACGAACAAGUGAACGUCGUGAGUGUCGCGCUCACCACCGUCCUCGGAGCGGUGGCGGCCCCGUACUUGUUUUGAGCCCAUGGUACCAUGCUAUCUAUAUCGACCAAGGGACGUUGGAUGCAACGACACCAUUUGUAGCGUAUUGAGCAUAAACAUUACUAGUGCGCUACCAUCCUCGCCUCUUAUUUUAUGAGUAUGCACAGACUGGGUAUAUUUUAACGUUUGUUAAUGUUACAGAGUAACUUGUUCAAGUG